UAAAACCCUCAGAUCUAUCUACGGGGAACCUUAGAAUUUGCUAUAAAAACCUGAAUCUCAUACGGUUUUAUUUGUGCCAUCCUCUCUGUUCUUCUUUCUAUAAACUAGAAAAGAAAAGAAAAAGAGAGUCUAUCCUUACUCCUCUAAUUAAGAUCACAAAUUUAGCUCAACUAGUUCUCUUUAUUGAUGAACCAGAAAGAUGGCAUCUCACAUUGUUGGAUAUCCUCGUAUGGGGCCUAAAAGAGAGCUAAAGUUUGCUCUAGAAUCAUUCUGGGAUAAAAAGACCACAGCUGAAGAUCUGGAGAAGGUGGCCACUGAUCUUAGAUCAUCCAUUUGGAAGCAGAUGGCUGGUGCCGGGAUCAAGUAUAUUCCCAGCAAUACAUUCUCUUACUACGACCAUAUGCUCGACACAACAGCAAUGCUUGGGGCUGUUCCAUCUAGGUACAACUGGACUGGUGGUGAGAUUGGCUUUGAUACAUACUUCUCCAUGGCGAGAGGAAAUGCCACUUUACCUGCUAUGGAAAUGACCAAGUGGUUUGACACCAACUACCAUUUCAUCGUCCCUGAAUUGGGUCCAGAAGUUAAAUUCUCUUAUGCUUCUCACAAGGCUGUGAAGGAGUACAAGGAAGCCAAGGCUCUUGGAGUUGAAACUGUCCCAGUUCUUGUCGGCCCUGUCUCUUACUUGUUGCUCUCAAAACCCGCAAAGGGUGUAGAUAAAUCUUUCUCUCUUCUCUCUCUUCUUGGAAGCAUUCUUCCUGUGUACAAGGAAGUUGUGGCUGAGUUGAAGGCUGCUGGUGCUUCUUGGAUUCAGUUCGAUGAGCCCACACUUGUCCUUGAUCUUGAAGCCCACCAACUAGAAGCAUUUACUCAAGCAUAUGCUGAGCUCGAAGUAACUCUAUCUGGUCUUAAUGUCCUCGUUGAGACCUACUUUGCUGAUGUUCCUGCUGCAGCAUACAAGACUCUCACUGCUUUGAAGGGUGUCACUGGUUUCGGGUUUGACUUGGUUCGUGGUGAGAAGACCCUUGAACUGAUCAAGAGUGAUUUCCCCUCUGGGAAAUAUCUUUUUGCAGGAUUGGUUGAUGGAAGGAACAUUUGGGCCAACGAUCUUGCUGGGUCCCUCAGUACCCUGCAGGCUCUUGAGGCUGUCGCAGGCAAAGACAACCUUGUGGUCUCUACCUCUUGCUCGCUUCUCCACACCGCUGUUGACCUAGUGAACGAGCCUAAAUUAGACAAGGAAAUCAAGUCAUGGUUGGCAUUUGCUGCCCAGAAGAUUGUUGAAGUUAAUGCCUUGGCAACAGCAUUGGCCGGAAAGAAAGACGAGGAAAUCUUUUCUACUAAUGCUGCUGCUCAAGCCACCAGAAAAUCUUCCCCAAGAGUGACUAAUGAAGCUGUUCAAAAAGCUGCUGCUGCUUUGAGGGGCUCUGACCACCGUCGUGCUACAACUGUUAGUGCCAGACUGGAUGCUCAGCAGAAGAAGCUGAACCUUCCAGCCCUCCCAACUACAACUAUUGGGUCUUUCCCUCAGACAGUAGAGCUUAGGAGAGUACGUCGUGAAUACAAAGCCAAAAAGAUCUCAGAGGCUGAUUACGUCAACGCCAUCAAGGAAGAAAUCAGCAAAGUUGUUAAGAUCCAAGAAGAGCUAGACAUCGAUGUCCUUGUUCACGGAGAGCCCGAGAGAAACGACAUGGUUGAAUACUUCGGAGAACAAUUGUCUGGAUUUGCAUUCUCUGCCAACGGCUGGGUGCAAUCUUACGGUUCUCGAUGUGUCAAGCCACCAAUCAUCUACGGUGAUGUUAGCCGCCCAAAAGCCAUGACCGUCUUUUGGUCCUCAAUGGCACAAAGCAUGACAUCUCGCCCAAUGAAGGGAAUGCUUACUGGCCCAGUCACCAUUCUCAAUUGGUCCUUCGUUAGAAAUGACCAACCCAGAUUCGAGACUUGCUACCAAAUUGCUUUGGCCAUCAAGGAUGAAGUUGAGGACCUUGAGAAAGCUGGUAUUACUGUUAUCCAAAUUGAUGAGGCUGCUCUUAGAGAAGGUCUUCCUCUUAGGAAGUCAGAACAUGCUUUCUACUUGGAUUGGUCUGUGCACUCUUUCCGUAUCACCAACGUUGGUGUACAAGACACUACCCAGAUCCACACUCACAUGUGCUACUCAAACUUUAACGACAUUAUCCAAUCUAUUAUCGAUAUGGAUGCUGAUGUAAUCACCAUUGAGAACUCACGAUCUGACGAGAAACUCUUGUCCGUUUUCCGUGAGGGAGUAGUAUAUGGAGCUGGUAUUGGCCCAGGAGUGUACGACAUUCACUCUCCUAGAAUCCCAUCAACAGAGGAGAUUGCAGAGCGUGCUAAGAAGAUGCUUGCAGUUUUGGAGAGUAACAUUCUCUGGAUUAACCCAGAUUGUGGUCUCAAAACCCGUAAGUAUGCUGAGGUCAUGCCUGCCCUAACCAACAUGGUGAAAGCUGCUAAGAUCCUCCGUGAAGAGCUUGCAAGUGCUAAAUGAGAGAUGAUGUUUCACUAAGACGAUGAUACUUAUAUUGCUACUACGGGUCUAUUCUUGUUUGAGGAGAGAAAAGAAUAAUCAUCUUUUGUUACUCCAAUAAUUACUGAAAGCUCAUUCCUAGUGGUACAACGUUGGGUGGUUUGUUUUCUUUUUCUUUUUCUUUCCUUUUUAUUGUUUUGUUUAUUCUUUCUGUUUUAUUUUGGUUUCUUUUAGAGGAAUUACUGCGAUGUAUGCAUCAAGCUCCACAAAAUGAAACUGAAUUCAAUUAGUUAUUAAGUGUUUGUAUCGAGUUUUAAGCUUGAACAGUCAAAAUUCUUCAGA